AAUUAUAAACAGGCAUUAUUUUUCGACAGCCUUUUACCGUAAAUGACAAUAGUAUGGCGCACAUGUUUAGGAGCAGCGGUUCUACGCGCGCGCACACAUGCACGCUUGUUUUUCUACCCUUGCGGGGAUACAAACCAACGGCUCACCUUAACCAGGACUCAGAACCAAACUCCAACCUAAGUAUAAUGACAGAAUGUGAUUCUGUCUGCACGCAGGUCUCCCCCGUGUUCUUCUCUCGAGAGCCUGCGGACCGAAGACACGCCUCCAUGAUGCACGGUCCAACGUUCGAGACUGGAACACACACCCGCUGUUUGAAAGGUUGAAACCAUGCGACUCAUGCAGCCACUUGAACACCGUUUUGUUGUGAUUACUGGCAUGUCUGUUUAUUCCUAAUCAUUGUCUCACCUUGUUUAUCAGCACAGUCCACGAAUGAAAGAGCACACGUUUUGUUGUGUUCCGUUUCCCUCGUACUUUUAUUUUGUUAUUUCCGUUUUUGUGUGUUUCCGUUUCCUUGUUUCUCUUCCAGCUUCCCGGCAACACGGCUGGCCUCGAUCAGCUAAUAUGCAUUCUUGUCUUGGACGUCUUCUUCAUCAUCAUCAUCGUAUCAUUCUUGGACGUCUUCAUCUUCAUCAUCAUCGUAUCAUUCUUGGACGUCUUCAUCUUCAUCAUCAUCGUAUCAUUCUUGGACGUCUUCUUCAUCAUCAUCAUCGUAUCAUUCUUGGACGUCUUCUUCAUCAUCAUCAUCGUAUCAUUCUUGGACGUCUUCAUCUUCAUCAUCAUCGUAUCAUUCUUGGACGUCUUCAUCUUCAUCAUCAUCGUAUCAUUCUUGGACGUCUUCUUCAUCAUCAUCAUCGUAUCAUUCUUGGACGUCUUCAUCUUCAUCAUCAUCGUAUCAUUCUUGGACGUCUUCAUCUUCAUCAUCAUCGUAUCAUUCUUGGACGUCUUCAUAUUCAUCAUCAUCGUAUCGUUCUUGGACGUCUUCAUCAUCAUCAUCGUAUCAUUCUUGGACGUCUUCUUCAUCAUCAUCAUCGUAUCAUUCUUGGACGUCUUCAUCAUCAUCAUCAUCGUAUCAUUCUUGGACGUCUUCUUCAUCAUCAUCAUCGUAUCAUUCUUGGACGUCUUCUUCAUCAUCAUCAUCGUAUCAUUCUUGGACGUCUUCAUCUUCAUCAUCAUCGUAUCAUUCUUGGACGUCUUCAUCUUCAUCAUCAUCGUAUCAUUCUUGGACGUCUUCAUAUUCAUCAUCAUCGUAUCGUUCUUGGACGUCUUCAUCAUCAUCAUCGUAUCAUUCUUGGACGUCUUCUUCAUCAUCAUCAUCGUAUCAUUCUUGGACGUCUUCAUCAUCAUCAUCAUCAUCGUAUCAUUCUUGGACGUCUUCUUCAUCAUCAUCAUCGUAUCAUUCUUGGACGUCUUCUUCAUCAUCAUCAUCGUAUCAUUCUUGGACAUCUUUGUCAUCAUCAUCAUCACGUCCGCUGCAAUAACCUGCGCAGAGGAGUUCAGUCAGUCCAUGACAUUAAACUGCAGUGAUAGCUCAUGUUUCAGCCGCAUCGUUUACAGUUACCUUCUCUUCAAACAAAGGCUGAAAAAGCCUUUGAAUCUGCAUGAACCAUCAGUCAAGAUGCUGUGAUUCACUCGAGCAUUUAGCCGAGAAGAAGGUGGUUCCCCUGUCCUCCGGACUAAAUGAGUGUCAGGUGUCAACGAUAGAAGGUGGAGGGAGGACAAAGCUAAAGUCAAGUGAAGUGUGAGCUCAGAGAAUCGUAAUGGAGCCAUUGGAGCAUAUCUGAUGAAUGGAAAUCAGAUCUUCUCAUGAGAGCGUGUCAAAGGUUUAUGCUGUUGCAUCCGCGGUGAGGAGCCACAACGUCACAGACACAGAGUGGAGAGGCACAAACACACUCCAGUGGUGUCGUCUACAUUGUAAUGCUCCCAUUAUUGUCCUCCUGGUACACAGGAUGAGCUUUAGUGGUAAAGAGUCCAGCAGAAGGAUGGAGAGAAAAUCCAAUCCAAGGCUCCACUUUAUCUGACUCUUUGAUUCCAGAAGCAUCAGGAGAGGAUGUCUUGUAUCUGAUUUGGCUCCGGUUACCCACAGACGCUCUUCUAUAAUGCUCUAAUGAUGUUAGAAAACCAGAUCAAGUUGUUUAUGCCUCAUUUAGGCUUCGCAACAAACAGAGAUGCUUCCUGUUACGCCGCGGUUUUCCCAUCUCAGCGGGCCCAAAACCACCACAACUGACUGGAGAGACGCUGCUGUUGAGUUUUAGGACCAUUCAGAAAACUGGACUGAACAAAUGUAUAUGUUGCUUGAUGCUUACUCUUUAAAACUAUCCAGAUUGUUGUCUAACUCACACCAAACAGACAAUAAACAUCCAGAUGAUACAAUUUUCCUCCAGAUUUCUAACAUGGAUUGAUUGAAUUGGAACUGAAAAUGAACAAACUCACAAAACCAAACAACAAUACGUGAAGGCGGCACUGAUCCUGAUCCUCUGAUUGAUGCUUUCUAUUCAUCACCUUCCCUUGUUCCCUUUAGUUGACUGAUUUCAACUAUUUCACUGUCUUCACCCAAGAGCCUGGCCACACCAAAGACCGGCUCCAGCAGAACCAAGUGAGACUCCACCUCUGAACUAACACAGCUCCACGGCAGGGAAGAACCAAACUGUACGAAGAAGUGACCAAAAUGAGUCUUCAGUCUCACCCAGAGAUGCCGUGAGGAACACGCUGCACAGAACAGUCGCUCAGUUGGUCCAGGUCCAUCAAGGCAUGGUAAACAGGAAUCAAAAACAGGAGAAAGUCAGACACGAUUUGAAGUGAUAAAAUAAUGGAGCAGUGUGUGCUCUGCAGACAGCAGGGCACCUUUGUCAGCGCAGGAGUUCCUGCUCCACUGAUGCCACUGAUGCAGCUGGGAUGAGAACAACAACAACAAACAUGGAGGAAUCCUCCCUGAACCAAAGCAGCUGUUGGCUUUGGUUCAGGGAGGUUUCUCACUCCACAAUGUCCAGGGUUUCCACCACUCUGGAUGGACAAACAUUUCCAAGACAUGAAAAGAGCUCUAGUCUAAAUCAGGUCAGAUAAAGACUUGACUAGAGACACCAUGGAGGUUUAUUGUGCUGUCGUCAGACUGAUGCAGAAGAAACAAUAUUCUGUUGUUUAAAUGGACGUAUGGCUCCAUCAUUUGGUCCAGUAACAUACCACCUUCAUUCACAGUGAAAAACGUGACAAAGGUUCUCAUUCCAUUAAACUACAUUCAUUAAUCACAAAUUGUCUAAUUAAUUCGAUUAUUUUUUAAUCAAAUUCCUAAUAUAGACCUGUAUAGAGUAUUAGAAGCUAUGUGUUGUUACCAAUGGAAGCUAAAGCUUUCCCAAAAGCAUCCAGCACCCUGUAUAAUGUUUUCAAUGACGUGCAAAAGCUUGGCUCCGAAAUCAUGGAAUCCAUGUCUAAAAUGCAUCCCAUCAAUAUUAACGAGCUAAUGAACAAGACGUGCCUUUAAGCCUGCAGAGUGGAGGAUGUUUCAAUUGAAAGCCAAGGAUGAUCAGGCAUGAAGACAGACAUAAUGGACGACCCUGGCUCGGGACCGAGAAGACCGUCAGCAGUGUGCGACCUUCAAACGUCGGAGGUGAGAAGCAGAGUGGACCUUUGAAUCCACACGACGGAGCCACCAUGCCAAGCCAUUCUGCUGCCAGACUGGGAGGAAUGUUAUUCUGGCGUUCUUCAGAAGCUUUUAUAAAUCUGCGAGUCACAGCUGGCUUUCAUUUUCACAGAAAGUCUUUCUCUGUCGGGCGUGUUGUGUGCCCUUUCGAAGCAGACUCCCGGUCUGGAGCUGAUACAGAGAGUGAAGAUGUGGGUGUGUGGUUAAAUGCUGUGACAUUCACCCCUCAACCCCUGGGGUCUCCCCAUUCGCGCUCCCUCUCGAAGCUCACCAACUGCUUUUUCACACUUGCUAUCAGUUGCUCACCCCUUUCAACCGUUUCUGCCAGAGUAGAUUGUUCCUAUCGGCCCAGAGGACUGGAUGGAGUCAACUGCUGUGUUCGACGGUGUCAUUUGCAAGUGGGAGGACAAGGGUUGUGAAAAGAGACUGCGAAAUGGCACCAGCUCUUUGACUCAUCUCUGAUUAAAGGGGGAGGAAAACCUCUGACAUGCCUUCCAUCAUGCCGCUGGCCUUGCACCGUGGUUGUCUCCUGCACUCAUCAGGCUCAACAACACGAGGAAUAGGUCACUGAGGCUCAUUACUACAAACCUCAGUGGGCUGCAGCCGAGGCUGGCGUGGAGGCUGGCGUGGAGCCGUGCGCGCCUGCGGGUGCUCCGACUCCACUGCGCCGAGGAUUAGGAGGACCGCGCGUGCCGAGCGCCGGGGGAAACUUGCUUGUUUCCUCCGAGUCCGGGAUUUGUUGCGCCGACUGCAGCGCUUGUUUCAGUGCUCGAGAACGAGUCGACGUCGUGAUCUGCGGAUCCGGAUGUGCACUUGCAGCAGCUACCGGUGGGAAUUAUGCGCACCACACCAAACUAAAGAGGGAGGGAGGAAGAGACGCGUCUGUCAGGAGGAGCACUGCAGCCUUGACACCGGGAUCUCUGCUGGAGUUGCGUCGUUGCCUUGACUUGUUCCAUUCCUGCCGAUGACCAGUGUCCGCAGGACGACUUGAUGUGUAGCAGAGUGAAGUGCCCUUGCCAGGCACCAGCUGAGGCAGCGUUAGCAGGGUGCUGAGAAGCUGAAGCCUGAGGGGAUGUCACAGCUGUACUACCGGCGCACUGGCAGCACCGCAUUCCGGGACCGCAUCCCGCUGAGAAUCGUGCGGGCGGAGUCGGAGCUCUCUCCGCUGGAGAAGGCCUACCUUGGUGCUGUGGAGAAGGGGGACUAUGCCAGUGUUAAACAGGCUCUGCAGGAAGCCGAGAUCUACUUCAAGAUCAACAUCAACUGCAUCGACCCGCUGGGUCGGACAGCUCUGCUCAUCGCCAUCGAGAAUGAGAACCUGGAGAUCAUCGAGCUGCUGCUGAGCUUUAACGUGUAUGUUGGGGACGCUCUGCUGCACGCCAUCAGGAAGGAAGUGGUGGGAGCUGUGGAGCUGCUGCUGAAUCACAAGAAGCCAAGUGGCGGCAUGCAGGUCCCUCCUAUUUUACUGGACAAGCAGUUCUCUGACUUCACCCCUGACAUCACACCCAUCAUCCUCGCAGCUCACACCAACAAUUACGAGAUCAUCAAGCUGCUGGUGCAGAAAGGCGUGUCUAUGCCUCAGCCGCACGAGGUGCGCUGCAACUGUGUGGAGUGUGUGUCCAGUUCAGACGUGGACAGCCUGCGCCACUCUCGCUCUCGUCUCAACAUCUACAGAGCUCUGUCCAGCCCCUCGCUAAUCGCCCUCUCCAGUGAAGACCCUUUUCUCACGGCGUUCCGGCUGAGCUGGGAGCUGCAGGAGCUCAGCAAGGUGGAAAAUGAGUUCAAGUCAGAGUAUGAAGAACUUUCUCAUCAGUGCAAACAGUUUGCCAAAGACCUGCUGGACCAGACUCGAAGUUCCAGAGAGUUGGAGAUGAUCCUGAACUACAAAGAUGAUGUCAACCUGCUGGAGGAGGAGGGCAACGGGGACCUGGCCCGACUUAAAUUAGCCAUCAAGUAUCACCAGAAAGAGUUUGUAGCGCAGCCAAACUGUCAGCAGCUGCUGGCGUCCCGCUGGUACGAUGAGUUCCCUGGCUGGAGACGUCGCCACUGGGCUGGAAAGUUCUUCACUUGUGUUGCCAUUGGCCUCCUGUACCCCGUCUUUGCUUUCUGCUACCUCAUGGUCCCAAAGAGUCGCUACGGCCUCUUCAUCCGCAAGCCUUUCAUUAAGUUCAUCUGCCACACCGCAUCCUACCUGACCUUCCUCUUCCUGCUGCUUUUGGCCUCUCAACACAUCGUCACCACUGAGGUGGAUAGACGGGACCAGCAGGGUCCCGCACCCACCACUGUGGAAUGGAUGAUCUUGCCCUGGGUGCUGGGGUUUAUCUGGGCCGAGAUCAAGCAAAUGUGGGAUGGUGGGUUCCAGGAUUACGUCCACGACUGGUGGAACUUGAUGGACUUUGUCAUGAACUCUCUGUACUUGGCUACCAUCUCUCUCAAGAUCGUGGCAUUCACCAAGUAUAGCGGCAGUAAACCCAGAAACCAGUGGGAGAUGUGGCACCCCACACUCGUUGCGGAAGCUGUGUUUGCCAUUGCCAACAUCUUCAGCUCUCUUCGUCUCAUUUCGCUCUUCACGGCCAACUCCCAUCUGGGGCCGCUCCAGAUCUCCCUUGGACGGAUGCUGCUGGACAUCCUCAAGUUCCUUUUCAUUUACUGCUUGGUCUUACUGGCUUUUGCAAAUGGACUCAAUCAGCUCUACUUUUACUAUGAAACCAAGGCCUCGGACGAGCGGGGCAAGUGCAAGGGCAUCCGAUGUGUGGAGCAGAACAACGCCUUCUCCACGUUAUUCGAGACCCUUCAGUCACUCUUCUGGUCCAUCUUUGGUCUCAUCAGUCUGUAUGUGACCAACGUGGAUGCAGAGCACCAGUUCACGGAGUUUGUCGGGGCCACCAUGUUUGGGACUUACAACAUCAUCUCGCUGGUGGUCCUUCUCAAUAUGCUGAUCGCCAUGAUGAACAACUCCUACCAGCACAUCGCCGAUCACGCAGACAUUGAGUGGAAGUUUGCCCGCACAAAGUUGUGGAUGAGUUACUUUGAGGAAGGGGCCACUCUUCCUCCGCCAUUCAACAUUGUGCCCAGCCCCAAAUUGUUGUGGUACCUAAUGUGUUGGGUAAGGAAACAAGUGUGCAAGAGGACUCCAUCCCGACCCACUGAAACCUUUGGAUCCCUUGGGAGAAGAGCAGCUGAGAAUGUCAGAAUAAACCAUCAGUAUCAGGAGGUGUUAAGAAAUCUGGUGAAACGUUAUGUGGCUGCCAUGAUCAGAGAUGCAAAGACAGAGGAAGGUCUGACUGAAGAGAACUUCAAGGAGCUGAAGCAGGACAUCUCCAGUUUUCGCUAUGAAGUACUGGGCAUGAUGAAAACAGGCAGACCGGCUCUUCAGGGUGAGAGGAAGGCCAGCAUCAGCUCAGUGGAGUCAUGUCUGGCUUACCCCAGCGCAUCACUGAAGGUUUCCACUUCAGGCAGCCAGUCAAAAGGCAAGCUCAACAGAUUUAAGGUCGCGGCGUCCAUCCUGAAACUGAGCAGCGCCGCAGUUUCUCCGCGGCGACCUGAGGCUAACGGGCUGUCGAACGGACUUCUCUCCCUGGUGUCCAUUGAGAGUGCUGCUGAAAAGUCUAUUCAAAGAAGAAGGCUCUCCCAAGAUGUGACAGACUUCGCCUUGCUCCAGAAACAUCAUUGGUGUGAGUCCGCCUCCAAGAUCUCCAGAGAGAUCUACUCUCUGAGCGAGGAGGCGGGAGAGACGUCGGGAUCCGACUCAGACGGUCCGGGUGAGGGGGGGACGCCGAGGGGGAAGGAGGAGGAAGGACUUGGAGAACCAGGUGAAGAGAAUGAAAACACAAUGGAUGUGGCUUCCACAAAAAAGCCUGGGAGCAUUUUGGAAGAUGAACCUUAGAUGAACUUUACCGCAGGGUUCGAGAGACAAUCAGCAAACAAGCAAACCUGCUUCCAGGUUCUCUGGUCUGUAGUGAAUCUCAUUGCAGUUUUAAACAGUGGAGACUCAGGGAGGCGAUACUGCACUGACAAAGCAGCUCACGUGAGGACUGAAACUCCAAGUUGCACUCCAUUUCACGUAAACAUGCCUCACUCCUGGAUCAGAACACGCUACACUGCUGAGCACCAAACAUCGAUAACAUUUGCACGGUCAGCAAAACUUCAAUUUCAUUCCGUUGCAAUUCAUAGUUUAUACAGAAUCAUAUUCGCUGGAAACAUGAACUCAGAAUUGGGUUGCAUAAGCUUUUUGGUGUAGCAGCUAUAUUAUUUGGGAGAAAAUGGAGAUUGUUGGCCUCACUCCAGCCCCAGCCACCUCCCACCCUCGCCCCCGACUGCAGCUCCUUCCAUCUUUCUACCUUUGGGAUGAUCAGCUCCGCUCCAAUACUGGAAGGCACGCAGCUGCGGGAAAGUGCUGUGAUAGUUGAUAGUUAAACCAUCUGAUCCCACUGCGCUGUUUGACGAACAGUUAUCAUUAGCUGUCGACAUGUACAGUUCUGUGUCGUUCUCGAGGGAGCUCAGUCACAAGCUUCGUCCAUAGACUGAGACUCGGAGGUGAAAAUGUGGAUGACGCGCUAUUCGUUUAGCCACCUGGAGGCCCGCUCUGUUGCCUGAGAACAGAAGCAAUAUUCUCGCCCUGACACCUGCUUCUCUUUCUCUUUUCUAACUCAGUUGCAGAGGAAAGGCCAGCUGGGCAAACAGAGGGUUUCACCCAAAUUCUGAGUGUUGAAGUUACAUGUCACACAUGCUCCGCCAUCUUACGGGCUUCGCUAUAGGUUCGCUCACGUCGGUGAGGUCUCUCGGAAUGAGUUGACUCCGAUCAUGGCCCCACUAGCAACCAAGAAAACCAAAAGAAACCUCACUUUAAUGCCAUUCUGGAGGCUGCAGGAGCAUUCCUAAGCAUGGCGUGGCCCCCACACCCAGCAGCCGUACGAUAUGCAAAAGUAACGGAAGACGUCAGGCGUCUUGCCUGGACAGCCCCUGAGCAAUACCGUGAGGAGGAAAUGGCUCUGGUAGAAUGAACCCUCAACCACUCCGGAGCAUCACAAUGACUCCACAAAUCCAUGGCACAUGCAGUGGGAGCUGUCUGAACAUCAGUCUCGGUGUUCUUCUCCUGUACAGCGACCGCACCUUCUCUACUGGCUGUGCUGCGACAUGAGACCCAACACUGACAGGGCAUCGCUGGCUCUCGCUCUCCAGUUGUCCUUGACCUUUCUGGUCAGUUCAGUUGCUAACGUCCGACAGAUGAGCAGUCGCCCUUUCUGAGUCGAGCCAAAUUCCUGGGUAAUGACCGCUCUUCAUCCAGUCUAUCGACGAUGCUCAGCCCAGUCAUAAGUCAGUAUUCUCAACCCCCUUCUCCUGAUGGGCUCCCAGGCAACUUGGAGGACGUCCGGCUGAACAGAUCUCCCAAAGCUCUGUGACACCUCCGUAUCAAGGCACUUGUGUCCUGGUUGGGAGCGAGACAUCCUGAGUGCCCUCUGGAGGUAUUCCAACAUCUGCUGUCAACUGGGUGGCUAAACCAGUAACCUGGCCGGUUGAGGGCAGCGCACGUGUGACAUGCAACCUCUGAAGAGUCAUUGCAUCAAUGCUUACAUAUGCAGUUUGAUGUGAUAUCGUGUGCUGAAUAGCAACACUGAAUAAGCGUACAUGAAGGAUAGAUCAUCAACUCUAGUCUAAGGUAAUCGAGCUCUCAGCGAGUCAAAGUCCGAACCGGAACCAAACCUUGGUGAGGUCACUGGAGCUGGACGCUGCUAGAAUGCAGCUCGACAAGGCUCUUGAGCGUCAGCAUCAGAGGAGGAAUGGCGAUGACAGCUGGAUGUUCUGAUGGAGCCAGUGAACAUGGAAACCUGUUCUUCUCACCAACAGAUGAAGAGCCUCAUCAGAACCAGGUGAAGCCAGUUGAUAGAAGGAGGGACGAGUGGCGACCAUCUUUGUUAUAGCCAGCUAUCACAACAGCAGAGAAGCUCUCAGAAACGUGGGUGAGGAGGCGUCAACACUGGACCUAGUUGGUCCCACUGUUGAACGCACGACAUGUUGGGUCCUGCUGAGCCUUCUGAAGAGACUUCAGUGCUGAUCCCUUCAAACACUUCAUCCUCCGAUAGUCCGAGUGGUGGCUUCCACAGUGACAUGGUUGAAGAAAGCCUGGACAGAGCCCUCAUCGGCUGAUGUUGCUGCUACCUCCGCCGCCUCGGCACCGGUGUUUGAGCGGUGACCUUUGAUGAGAACCUUAUCACCAUCACACUCUAUUUCAUGGUAGGAGAUGGAAACCAAUUCAGUUUAAGUCUGUAGCAUACACGAAGUGAAAAGCGAGUAUUUCCCGGUGACACUUUCAGAGGCUGUUGCUUGAUUGGUGUUUUUCUUAUAUGGUCCAUGUUUAUGUAAUAAAAAAAGGGUAUGCUACCUCUUUCCUUCUCUGUUCUGGAGCAAUAGAUGUUUUCAGUUGUACACUAAUCUCUUUGCCUUAUUCUGCGCUGACCAAGUCACUUCAGGAUGGUGAGGGUUGGGCUCAUGAGUGGGCGUCCAUUCUUAUUCUUCUAUGCAAAAUUGUGAUGGAACACAAACAUCAGUACUUUAAAUUCUCGGAGAGAAGCUCUUAGACCUUUGCUUGGAUUCACUGGUUUCAAUGUUCUUUUAGGUAUAUUGUGAGAAUGUUGCUUUUUAUAAGGGGUGUGUUUCGAUGUGAUGUUAGUUUCAAUGAAUUGUGUACUAGGAGUUCAGUAUGAAUAAAAAGCACUCUAAUCUG